UGCAAAAUGGUCAUCAUACAAUCUCUGAUUGGCUCUCAAAAUUUCCCGUGGAGUUGUAGAUGGGGAGUUUGGAGCGAUACCGAUAUGUUCGGACGGGAUGAUCUGCGGACAUCGAUAUGUUGGCAUGAUUCUGAAUCAGGGGCGAAUGGACGGGAAAACGACAUAGCCCCGGUGAGAGGAGAGGACUGGCCGCCAUGAUGUAUGGUCGUCUCUGGAUAGAACGGAAACGAAUAUAGGGGGCGGGAGAUGCACGUACAACGAGCUCUCGGCGUUAUUGAGUAUAAAUAUGAGACUGUGAGAAGGGUUCGUCGGAAGAAAAUUGGCAACAGAUAGCAAUCUCUUGUCUUUCAUUCGUUUCUAAGCUCCUCAACUUGACACCAAUCUUCAGCAACUCAAAAUGAAGCAGUCUUUUACCUUCAUCGCUGCUGCUUUUGGCGUGGCCUCAGCCAAUCCUCACCUGGCUGCUGCUCACUUGGCCAACCCUAAGUUCCGUAGAGCUUCCCCCACUGAGUGGACUCCUGCUGGACCUGAUGACUUCCGUGGUCCAUGCCCAAUGAUGAACACUUUGGCCAACCACGGCUUCAUCUCUCACGACGGCAAGAACCUGACGAAGGACGUAGUUGUGAAAGGUCUUCAGGACGGUCUCAACUUCGGAACCGAUCUUGGAACCCUGAUGUUUAACAUGGCCCUGAUUGCCAACCCAGAACCCAAUGCCACAUUCUUCACUCUGGACCAACUCAACGUUCACAAUGUCCUGGAGCACGAUGCUAGCUUGAGUCGCACCGAUGCCGCCUUUGGCAACAAUCAUGUCUUCAACCAAUCCAUCUUCGACGAGUCGAGAGCCUACUGGACAAAGGAUACCCUGGAUGCGCAGCAGCUUGCCAACAGCAAGUUGGCACGACAGGUCACCUCAAGAGCUUUCAACCCCAACUACACCUUCACUGCAACUGUGGAGAACUUCAGUCUUGGCGAAGUCGCUGCCCCCAUCAUUGUCUUUGGCGAUAUGACCGCCGGAACCGUCAACAAGACACUGGUCGAAUACUUUUUCCAAAACGAGCGCCUUCCUGCUGAGUUGGGCUGGGUUAAGAAAGAGAACGCCGUUACCCAAGAGGAUAUCCUCAAGGUGGUCGAGAUGAUUAGAAACGCCACUGUGCUUACCACCGGUGGCGCGGCUGAGGCCCCUCACAAGCGUAUGAUUAGGGACCUGCACACUGGCCUCGGCCUGCUGUCCCAGUGAGGCAUUCAACCUUUGCACUGAUCAGGACAUGCAGAUAUAUGUACCUGAGCGCCCAUUUAUCUUCAUAUGUUAUUUAUCAUAAGGGAAAUGACACAUUAGCAUUACUCUUCCUCAAAGAUGUAUUCAAGGAAACAUAACCAAGUAUCGCAAGAUUUUCUAAACAUGCUGUGGUUCACAGCCGCCCCGUCAAUUACAUGAGCUUUUGGACGGAGGUCUUUAUUAUAGGCCAUAGGCUCAUAGACCUAGUCGCACCGAAACCUACGUGUCAAGUGCAGACAUAACGGCUUUCAUCCUGCUAGGUAGUCACAGAAUGCCAGAAAUAUCG